AUGGGGGAUAUGGCAAGCCACAAACGUUCUAAGAGUGCCCGCGCACUUGCCCUGCUGCAUCGCGAUAAAUCCUCCAGAACCUCCAGGGGCGACAAUCCCCAGCAAGAGACCGAAGCUCUCGCAGAAUCCCCUGGUCAGAAUGGCGUUUCAACCACGGAUCCCAAGGCUAGCUCCGUCUCGCCAACCAACAAAGCGUUUCGCCUUUCCCACUCUCACUCGCCUUCCAUGACUAAUCUGCAGGUCACACCUGUGGGGCCCGACGGUGCCCACUUAAGCAGCAGCACAAGCGCUCGGAGCGCCAACCACGGAUCUUGUGGCGAGUUGUAUACCUGGCAAACUGGUUCCAGCGACGGUCCUGAUCAAAGUGCUGAUCUUCCCGCGAGGCCCAGCGACAAAGGAGAUGAAUUGGCCAGAUCAGCCAUGUCUAUCGAACAAUCAGUGCGAACUUUUCGUCUCUUCGAAAUCCUACGAAGCGGAGAUACGACGGCCAUCUUCAAAGCAAUCAAGGAGUGUGCGGAGUGCAAAGCGCAAGGAACCCCUCCUCUGGGCACCGGCAUCCUCCACCUUGCAAUACAGUGUGCUGAACCGCAGGUUGUCGAGUAUGUCUUAUCUAGUAGUGCUGACCUAGAUAUUAAUGCGCGUGACCGAGAUGGCAACACCCCACUACAUCUGGCUGCUCAGCUGGGCCGAGUCCCCAUCGUCCGCGAACUUCUGGAGCGCCCGGAUAUUAACGAUUCCAUCGCCAACUAUAACGGCCAGAUCCCACUAGACCUUGCGCGAACACCAGAGAUUUUUCAGCAGCUCCAACUGUCGCGAUCUCUAUUUCUGGACAGCAAGACAAAAGAGAUCAAGUCCCUGAUUGGCCAGGGCGACUACGAAAAACUAGAACGUCUGUUGGUCGAACCGAGGGUUGAGGGUUUGCUGGAUAUUAACAGCUUGGAUCUGGUCACUGAUCGAACAACUGUGAUUUCGGGUGGAACUUUACUUCACGAGGCUGCCAGAAGGAAGGAUACGAAAUUAGUACAAAUUCUCUUAAUGCACGGAGCUGAUCCAUUCCGGCGCGAUAGAAAAGGGAAACUUCCCCAAGACGUCACAAAGGAUGAUCGAACUCGUGCUAUCGUUAAAAAGUCCCCAGCCGCCGUCAUAGCCCAGCGAGGUAUUCAGGAAAAAGCAAUUUUAGGAAGCUCUGCGGGACAAGGCAGCGGAGGGCGACCGGGAUCUGGGGAGACAGCCCUGGUAGGAAAGGAUGCCCGAGAGAUGAAAGGGUAUCUAAAGAAAUGGACAAACUACACCAGCGGUUAUAAGCUGAGAUGGUUUGUAUUGGAGGAUGGCGUGAUGAGUUAUUACAAGCACCAAGAUGAUGCCGGCUCUGCUUGUCGAGGGGCAAUCAAUAUGCGGAUAGCGACUCUGCACAUGGAUGCACAGGACAAAACCCGAUUCGAGAUACAAGGCAAAUCGUCAGUCAAGUACCAUCUCAAGGCCAACCACAUCGUUGAGGCCAAACGGUGGUUCUGGGCGUUGAACAAUGCAAUCCAAUGGGCGAAAGACGAGGCUAAGGAAGAUGACAGACGCCGGACGAGAAAUGCGGAAAGCCUAAGACAAGCGAAGAUGGAGCAAUUUGACAAACAAGGGUUAGAUUCCCAAAGCGACUCAUGCAGCCUUGUUGGAAAGCCAAACGGAAAAACCCUUGCACCUUCAUCAUCUCUUGGUAUACCAAGCCACGCCGGCUCUAGGUUGAGCCUUCAAACUUCAAGAGAGAGCGCUCAAGGUGAAGAUGAUUCCACUUCUGGGCCGUACGAAUCUACCUUCAGCCCGUCGGACUCCAACCGAUUGCCAACCCUUGUCACCACCAGCAACCCAGUCGAAGGAGACCUCGAAGAUGACGAUUAUGGGGAUUAUGCCAGUAGCCAGGAGAUGCAACCUUCGAACAAAGACGCUUUCAAUAUCACCGCGGAAUCUGUUAAACUACAACUGGAGGUGCUGAGCAACGUCUCCGCAGCCCUUCAGGAGGAGAAAUUAUCAAGUCCUCAAACCCCACUUUCAGAGCCCUCAAUAGACCAAGCGUUAACUACUUACCAGCGAGGAGUCAGCAAUCUCACCUCCCUCGUAGCUGAUUUACUCAAAAUUUCAAAGGAUCGAGACGCAUAUUGGCAAUAUCGGCUAGAUCGGGAGGCAGAUGCGCGCAAGAUGUGGGAAGACAGUAUGGCUCGGGUUGCCCAAGAACACGAAGAACUUCAAAGUAGGAUUGGGGAAUCUGAGGAAAAACGAAAGAAAACUAAGAAAGCGCUCAAGGAAGUUCUUGAGCACCCCUCGGCUUCAACUAGUCGUCCUAUCAGCCGACGCCUGUCGCAUGUCCAAAUUCAAGAUGCCCUGGAAGCCGUCGUUGAAGCAGGCUCCGAAACUCCCCCCUGUCUCGAUCAGGAAUUGGCGAGGAAGCGGUCCAUAAUUACGGAACUAACAAAGUUUUCUGAUUCUGAAUCUGAUGCAGACGAAGAAUUCUUUGACGCUGUAGAUGCUGGCGAAGUGGAAGUUAUUGAAGUUCGACGAGGAAAGCCAGUAGAGGCAGCGGAAGCGAUUUCUGAUCUCCGAACUUUGAAAUACCAGGAGAUUGCCCAUUCAUUUAAGGGAUAUGAGGACCCAGUUAGAGUGAGGCUUAAGAUGGAUGCUGACAAUAGACCCAAGAUUUCUUUAUGGGCUAUCCUGAAAUCAAUGAUUGGCAAGGACAUGACCAAAAUGACACUCCCAGUCUCCUUUAAUGAACCAACAUCGCUACUCCAACGUGUAGCGGAAGACAUGGAAUACACAGACCUGCUGGACCACGCUGCGGAUCUCCAAGACUCAAUGGAACGUAUGGUUUAUGUCGCUGCCUUUGCAGCGAGUGAAUAUGCAUCCACAAUUGGCCGUGUUGCGAAGCCUUUCAACCCACUGCUUGGGGAAACGUUCGAAUAUGUGAGGCCAGACAAAGGCUAUAGAUUCUUUAUUGAACAAGUCAGCCAUCAUCCUCCUAUUGGCGCCGCCUGGGCUGAGUCUCCGAAAUGGGAUUACUACGGUGAAUCUGCUGUAAAAUCAAAGUUUUACGGCAAGUCAUUCGAUAUCAACCCUCUUGGUACAUGGUUUUUGAGACUACGUCCGGUCAGUGGUGGUGAGGAGCUCUAUACGUGGAAAAAGGUUACGUCGUCGGUUGUUGGUAUUAUUACUGGCAACCCUACCGUGGACAACUAUGGGCCUAUGGAAAUCAAAAAUUGGGCCACUGGUGAAGUCUGUAUGCUUGACUUCAAACCACGAGGCUGGAAAGCUUCCUCCGCCUACCAUGUUUCCGGCAAAGUGAUGGAUAAGGAGGGAUUCACGAAAUGGAGCAUUGGUGGUCGUUGGAACGACAAGGUCUACGCCAGACACACUCCAGGAUACCAAGAUUCGGUCACACCGCCAAGUGAGGACCUUCCUCGUCAGCAAGGAUCAACGCAGGCAUUCCUUGUUUGGCAAUGCAACACGCGACCAACCGGUAUCCCAUUCAACUUAACACCUUUUGUAAUCACGUUGAAUGCCAUCCCCGAUAACCUGAAACAUCACCUCCCCCCAACCGACACGCGGCUUCGCCCGGACCAACGUGCUAUGGAAGAUGGCGAGUAUGAUUUUGCAGCAACGGAGAAACAUCGUGUCGAGGAGAAGCAGAGGGCGAAGCGACGAGAACGGGAGGCCAAAGGCGAGGAGUUUGAGCCAAAGUGGUUUACUAGGGGCAAAUGUGAGAUCACGGGUGAGGAGUACUGGGUUUACAACGGUCGGUAUUGGCGGUGUAGAGAUGCUGGUGACUGGUCUGUCUGCGAGGAUAUAUUUUAGGGCGUUGUUACCAGGUUUUACCGGUAAUUUUUCUUUUUUUUCCCUCGUUAUAUUUUAUGUUUUGUUUUGUCCCUCCAGCCCAGAUGUACUACUUUGUUAUGCUUUAUUAAGGCUUCUAGUAUAUCGAGCCUAGAAUUAGUUGUUCUUUGAUGUGUACACUUAUAUAUUUUUUGUGUUCUUCAGGAUUAUUAUAGUCUUCAAUAAUAUAGAAAUUCAAUUGAUGAGAUAUGAUGAU